AUGGAAUCAGAUCCCAAUACAGUUACUCCUAUGAAGGAUCUCUUCCACACUUUGGAGGAUGAAAUCCUUAAAGAACACCGACAUUGGUGGGACCUUACUACCUUAGAAAAAUAUUUAGAAAUUAAACAGAUACCUAGAGGUUUGCGUGUCCUGAAACACUGUUCCUUUAAGGAAGACACCGAACUUCUUGAGAAAUGGUAUAAGAUUUUAGAUGAUUGUGCUUUCGAUCUAAUAAAAAUCUUGAUCGAACACAGACGCCUUUUAUCAGACAAAUGUAGUGAGAAUAUUGAUAAAAUUCAAGCAGAUCUAAUUAAAUAUUUAGAGAACCCAGACUAUGAACGACUUCUAAAGAGAAUGUACGAACGUACUGACAAAUUCCAAGAGGAUUUAGUCCUAUCCAAAAAUAAGAAAUUAGAGAGAGAUAAUAAUGAUUAUCUAAAGAAUCAAGUUUACACCUAUAAUAGACCAACACAGGCAAUUGUAGAAGAAAAUCCAGAGACAUUAGAAAAUGCAUCAGGGGACAGAGAGAUACAACCAUCCCAUGACAAUGAUACUAAACAAGUUACUAAUUUUUCAAAACACAGACCAAUACAUCGUUCUAAUUUCAGACAAUCUAGACAACAAGAAUAUACUAAUUCAUAUCCAUCAAAUAGGUUUCACCAACAACCAUAUCAUCAUCAGCAAUAUUACCAAACCAGACAAGAACCAUGGAACAGGCAAUCUUACUACAAUAGACACGAACAUAACAGAUAUGACUCUUGGAAUAGACAACCUAGACCUGAUAAUUUCAAUCAAUAUGACCAACAUUACAGACGAGAUAAUUUCAAUCAGUUCGACCAACACCAUAGAAGAGAUAGUUAUAAUAGAAAUUAUGAAACCCCCAGAUUUUAUGGAUAUAAUCAGAGGGAACGAGAUUCGAAUAACCCUAGAGGCCAAGAACAGAGAUCAUAUAGACCUGAUUUUAGAACAAAUAGCCCAUUUAGGAACAAAACUAGAGAUCAAGAACACCAAAAAACUCCUUUUAACAAUUUCCAACACAAUAAUAGGUUCUCUCCACUAGCUUCUACAUCUGAUGAUAAUGUUUUCCCAGAAAGACAUGCCAGAAAUAAUUCUAAUAUGGCGGGUACAUCUCCUUUUUUAGGGAAUGCUCCAAAAUCAGGAAAAAAUCCCCCAGACGAACAAAACUACAACAAAAAAAGAUCAUUUCACACAGACCAAGAGGGUCAAGAGGUCGAGGCCUUACCACCCAGAAAAAAGAAUUACAAAAACUAG